AUGCUACGCCUUCGUCGUUACCGAGUCUUCCUUAUCGUGGCGUCCCUGGCCAUCUUUACACUAUAUCAUCUCGGUCGGGUCAAUAAAUGGGACGGUUCGACAUUAGGUGCUGCCAUAGGCUUCCACCCAGGGAGCGCAAAGCCUACGCCGCCGACUUUUGACUCCCUCCCAACUCCGGUACCUCGACCGGAAGAACCCCUGCUCUCUAUUGAGCCUGUGAUCCGUCCAGUCUCUUCUGCAGCCCUGCCUACCGAGUCCCGCAACGUAGGACAAUCCCAAUCGAGUUCGUCCCGUGCCAUCGCCCAUCCAGAUGCACGGCCGACUGUGACGGGCGAAGAGUUCCUGGUGAAACAGCCCACACUAGGAGAUGACUUUGGUGAACGAGGGCAAGGUCGAUUGGAGGUUGAGCCUCGGCCACAAGGACAGAAUAGCGCAUAUUGGAAGCAGCAAAAGGAGAAUUUCCCUGUGCCUUCGCAAAGCCUGAUACAAAUGCCAACUGGACAGCCAAAGGCUCUCCCCCGCGUCCAACAUACCUUUGGUAAGGAGUCGUCAACCAAAAAGAGCGAAAGGCUGCGAAGACAAACGGCCGUGCGAGAGUCAUUUAAGCAUGCUUGGCAUGGCUAUAAAAAUGUUUCAUUGCCUCAUGAUGAAUUGAAGCCCAUAUCAAAGGGAGCAGGAGACCCCUUCAACGGUUGGGGCGCCACACUCGUCGACUCCCUGGACACAUUAUGGAUCAUGGGGCUUCACGACGAAUUUGAAGAAGCUGUUGGACAUGUAAAGAACAUUGAUUUCAAGACGACCACCAGGAAGGAUAUUCCCCUUUUUGAGACCACUAUUCGGUAUCUCGGUGGUCUCAUUGCAGCCUAUGAUCUAAGCAAGUCCAAACAUAAGGUCUUGCUGGACAAAGCUGUUGAGCUGGCUGAUGUUCUCAUGGGAGCGUUUGAUACGCCAAACAGAAUGCCCAUUGGGUACUACAAUUGGGCUCCCUCGUAUGCGUCACAGCCACACCGUGCCAGUACACAUAUGGUGCUGGCAGAGCUUGGAUCUCUCUCUGUUGAAUUCACCCGACUGGCGCAGAUAACCAAAGAGGUAAAGUAUUAUGAUGCGGUGGCGAGAGUGACGAAUGCCCUCGAGAAAUGGCAGCCGCAAACCACUCUUCCUGGUCUUUGGCCUCUGAAGCUUGAUGCUUCUGGUUGCAAGAAACCUGAGGUCGUUCGAGAGGCCUCGACUGAGACGGCAUCAUCGUCGCUUGUGAAUGGUGAAAACAAGGAUAUCCCUGAGCUCGACGAACCUUCACUUCCCGCGGGUCGUCGCUCCGAAGGCCUCUCCGAAGGUUCUUCAUUGUCCAAACGACAAGUACGUGGACCAUCACGAGAUGUGCCAGAUCUGAUCAGCCAUUCAGAGGAAGCAGUAGGAUCAGGCGAAGAUCAGAGCGAAGGAGAGCAAACAAAGCCAGAAAAGCCAGUGGUGCCUGAAUGGGCGGAGGAGUUCAAUGACAUCGAUUGUGAGGCACAAGGCCUCAACACAGAGCCACAUGCGACAAGUCACACUUAUGGCAUCGGUGCUAUGGCCGACUCCACCUAUGAGUACUUUCCCAAACAACACGCUUUGUUAGGGGGACUUAAUGGUCAGUACAAAGCCAUGUACCUGGAGGCAAUGGAGGUCGUAAGGGAUAAACUACUUUACAGACCUAUGACCAAGGAGGAACAUGACAUUCUUUUCGUAGCGAAACAAAUCAUUUCCCCAAAAGAAAAGAACGAGUCCAAGCGAAGAACCACCAAGUACGAGGGAACUCAUCUUGGUUGUUUCGCUGGAGGCAUGUUUGCUCUGGGGUCCAAAAUGUUUGACAUCCCUAGUGAUAUGUCGAUUGCAGAGAAGUUGACCAAUGGCUGUGUAUGGGCAUAUGCUUCUACGCCUGUUGGGGUUAUGGCGGAAGAAUUUGAACUCGUCCCAUGUGGCAGUUUGAAUUCCUGCGAAUGGGAUCAAGCCAAGUGGCAUAAAGCCUUGGAUCCACAACUCAAAGAGCGGUUUCAAGCUGUCGAGUUAUAUAACUUGCAACAACAGGUCUUGCACGAAGAGGCAAUUGCAAAUGCUGACAAGGCAUGGGCUGACGAAGAUGACGAUACUACGUUGGUGUUGACCGAUCCCAGCUCCAAAAGGAAGCGUGACACGGAAUCCAGCUCUGAUGAUGCACCAGAAAAGACAUCUCCAGCCACUCGUGAUGAGGAAGACGAUGAUGAUUUGGUCAAGGUGCAACCUUUUGUUCCUAAAGUACCACUCUCCCACGAAAAGUAUGUAGCAGCAAGAAUAUCCGAGGAGCGAUUGCCGGCAGGGUACACGAAAAUCAAGGCUCGAGACUAUCGGCUCCGUCCCGAAGCAAUCGAGUCAGUCUUCAUCAUGUAUCGACUCACCGGUGACGAGUCAUGGCGUGAAAAAGGAUGGACCAUGUUUAAUGCCGUUGACAGGGCCACCAAAACCGACAUUGCGCAUGCAGCGGUCAAAGACGUGACAAGCCAGCUCUUGGAGCAAGAUGACACGAUGGAGUCAUUCUGGCUGGCGGAGACUCUGAAGUAUUAUUACCUCUUGUUCAGCGAUCCCAGUCUCAUCAGCCUGGACGAAUUUGUUUUGAAUACCGAAGCGCAUCCCUUCAAGCGACCUGUGUAA